GUUUCAAUUUCAGACUUUGUCCACAACAUGGCAUCUUCCAGGCUGGAUUAUUCUUCCCUUGAAUCAUCCUCAAAAUGGAAAAACCUGCCUACGCCUCCAGGAUUCUCCAAAUCUACCAAAAGCUCCUCUUCUUCGAAUUCUAAAUCUCUCGUUACCGCUCCCCGCCAACAGCAGCUUAAACAGGAUCGUGCUUGGGAUCUUGCAAUCUCCCCGGCAAAGUCUUUGCCAAUGCAGGGCUUCAUGCUUUACAUGUCCGGAGGAGGCGUUCAAAUUUUCAGCAUGGGCAUCGUCUUUAUGUUGCUUUUGUCGCCGUUUAGGAAUCUUGCCGCUAUGAACACCGCAUUUGCACCCUUCGCACCCUUUAACUCCAAGAAUCCAAAGUCACUCUCCACCUUAUUGCUACAAAAACUUGUCUACUUUAUAUGCAACAUGUUGACUCUCGGAGUAGGAUUAUGGAAGUGCCGUUCAAUGGGAUUACUGCCGACAGGAACUGGGGACUGGCUAGCGUUUGAACAGAGGGGACAGCCUCCGGAACUUUCUUUGUUCUAACAUCAGAUUGGGUGUGUUUAUCAUGUAGAAAGGAACUUGCGGCCUGCCCGAACAACCAAGCAGGUGCUUUGUUACCUGAUAUCUGAUAUCUAUCGAAGAAGCAAUCUGUCACAGCCUUUCAACCAUGCCGUCGUUGGCUUCACCAACUUGAAACCUUUGUCAUUUUGUUUACAAAGACAGUAAGAGAGGGAAGG